GUAACAGCAAAGUAAUACAAAGUUUUCUUCAAUUGUAAAUUUCCUUGUUGAAAACUCUAUUCUAUUUCUAUUGCAUAAAUUGUCACAAAGCCGUACAUGGCUGCUAAAGCAAAAGAACUCUGUCGACUGUGUAUGGAACAAUGUUCCAUGGACGUGGCAGCGAGCCGUUCCAUUCAGGACCCCGAAUUGCAUUCCAAACUAGUGGCCGUUUUUCUGUUUGAGUUUCCUAUACAGAAAUCGUUACCGGAUGCGGUAUGUUCGGACUGUUGCUACAAAGUCUCCGAGUGGUAUUUGUACCACAAAACAGUGGAGCAGAAUCAACAGCAAUUGAAGGAGGCCGCAGUAAGCGAGGAGGAAUACGAAUCGAAGUUAGCGCUGCAAUCGCUCAAGGUGGAAAUCCACGAAGGAGAUCAAGAGGAUGAGCGUGAUCCAGUACAAAGCGAGGAGGUUUAUGUGGACGUCAAACAGGAAGAUGAUGGCAGCGAUCAAUCGGAUUCCAGCGAAAUUAGCGAAGAGCCAACACCAAAGAGAACUAAAAGGAAAUACACAAAGCGAUCGCAACAGAAGAUCGAGAAGAAAAAACCGGACGAGGAAAGGGUCAAAAAGAAUGAAGAAGAAAACAACAAAAUCAAAGAGUUUUUCAAACUUGCCUGUGAGGUUUGCUCAGAAUCUUUUGAGGAGCUGUAUUUGCUGCAACAACAUACUCAAAAGAAGCACAAGAUACGUGCUACCAUCAAAUGCUGCAAUCGUGUGAUGUACAAGAAGUGCAGGAUACUGGAGCAUAUCGAUUCGCACCUGCAUCCGAAUCAGUUUCAUUGCGAUGUGUGCAACAAGAGUUACAAAACGAAGUAUUAUCUGGACUUACACAACAUGAAAUCCCAUAGUCGCUCGGAGGAGAAACCCUUCAAGUGUGACAAAUGCAAACGCAGCUUCCCGAAAGAAUUUCUUCUGAAAGCUCACUUACAGACACAUGUCCAAGCGGAAUGCACCAUUUGUCACAGGAUGAUGGCCAGUGCUUUUACUCUACGAUGUCACAUGGAAAUUGUACAUGGUGAGCGUAAAAACUUGAUUUGCGAAACGUGCGGCGAAGAAUUCCGCACCAAGCUGGGAAUGGAGCGACACAUUUUGAAGCACCAGGGAUUGGUCUCGAUCAAAAAAGUUCAGUGUCACAUCUGCAGCAAAUGGGUCAGCGGUCAUCAAAAUCUAAAAAUCCACGUGAAAACUAUGCACUCCGAGCAGAAAGAACCAGUUACAUGUGAUAUCUGUAAUCAGAACUAUCCGAAUGAACGAGCUAUGGCCAGCCACAAACGACGAGUACACGUCGAGGAGAAGUUUGAGUGCGAAUUCUGUGGCAAAAAGUUCAAGAGGAAGAUUUAUUUAAAGGAACAUCGAGCUUCCCAUACGGGUCAAUCGUUGUAUUCAUGUGAUGUGUGCGGCAUGACUACCAAUUCAAACGGAAAUCUAUACGCACACAAAAAGAGUAAACACCCUGAACAAUGGCUGGAGGCAAAGAAGAAGGCGAUCGAGUUGUCAACCUUGGUGAAUACUAAAACCGAUCCUCGAAUGGCUGCAAAGGCAAAAGAACUCUGUCGUCUGUGCAUGGAACCGUGUUCCAUAGACGUGACUACCAAUCGUUCAAUUAAGGACCCGGAGUUACAUCCCAAGCUUGAAUCCGUUUUUCAGUUUGAGCUUCCGUUAGAAGAAUCCUUACCGGAUGUGGUAUGUUCCGACUGUUGCUGCAAGGUAUCAGAAUGGUAUUCGUACCACAAAACAGUUCAAAGCAAUCAGAACCAGUUGAAGGAGGCUGCUAUCAGCGAAGAAGAGUACAAAUCAAAGAUAGUGCUAGAAUCGCUCAAGUUGGAAAUGCCUGAUGGAGAGAAACAGGAAGAGCAUGAUCCGGUGCAAAGCGAAGAAGUCUACGUGGAUGAAAUUAAGGAAGAAGACGACUGCAACGAUGAUUCCUAUUCGAGCGAAAGCAGCGAAGAGCCAGCACCGAAGCGAACUAAACGGAAGUACACGAAGCGAUCAAAGGAAGAGGUCGAGAAGAAAAAACCGGAUGAGAACAAAAUCAAGAAGACUGAGGAAGAAAAUCGUAAGAUAAAAGAAUUCUUCAAGCUGGCUUGUGAAGUUUGCUCAGAGUCAUUCGAUGAGCUGUAUGCGCUACAGCAACACACGAGAAGAAAGCAUAAUGUACGUGCUAGCAUUAAGUGCUGCAAUCGUGUGAUGUACAAGAAGUCCAGGAUACUAGAGCAUAUUGAUUCGCAUGUGCAACCAGAUAAAUUACGUUGCGAGUUGUGCAACAAGAGUUACAAAACGAAGUAUUAUCUAAACUUACACAACUUGAAGUCGCAUAGCCGCUCGGAGGAGAAGCCCUUCAAGUGUGACAAAUGUCAUCGAAGCUUCCCGAAGGAAUUUCUUCUGAAGGCCCAUUUGCAAACACACGUCCAAGCGGAGUGCACCAUUUGCAACAAGAUGAUGGCUAGUGCUUUUACGCUGAAGUGUCACAUGGAAAUGAUGCACGGUGAGCGAAAGCGCUUGAUUUGCGAAACAUGCGGACAGGAAUUCCGUACCAAGAUGGCGAUGGACCGGCACAUCUUGAAGCACCAGGGAUUGCUUACGACGGAACGGGUUCAGUGUCACAUUUGCAGCAAGUGGAUUAGCGGUCCACAGUGUCUAAAAAUCCACAUAAAGGCAUUGCACUCCGAAAGAGGCAAGCCGGCAAAUUGUGAUAUCUGUAACCAGACGUACCCGAAUAUGAGAGCCAUGGUUAGCCACAAACGGGUGGUGCACGUGGAGGAAAAGUUUGAAUGCGAAUUUUGCGGCAAAAAGUUCAAGAGGAAGAUCUAUUUGAAGGAGCACAGGGCAACGCAUACGGGUCAACCGUUGUAUUCGUGCGACGUGUGUGGUAUGACUAGCAAUUCCAGAGGCAAUCUUUAUGCCCACAAAAAGAACAAACACCCGGAAGAAUGGCUGGAAGCGAAGAAGAAGGCAAUUGAGUUCACUUAUGGGGUCAAUCCUCAGUCCGGGUUUUCUUCCGAUAUCUGUAUCGUGUGUUUGACGAUGAUCGAGGAAUUCUACAUGUACUCGGAGCGAGUACGAUGCAACCAGGACAAACUCAUUGCUCGGCUAAAAGACCUACCAGUUAACUCGAUCAAGUCUGAAACACUGGAUGAGGAGUUGGAAGCAAAGGAGGAAUGCAUUGAGGAGUUCGGUGGUAACGACGAAUGUAAUGAUGACAACGUAGACAACGCUGAUUACACUUGUAUCGAUGAAGUCUUCGUCCAAUCACUUACAGUUGAAGUUAAGAAGGAGCCACAAGCUAAGCGAAGAACAAGAUCUCUUCAGAAGUUGACAGAAACUAAUGAUAAAGGGGAAACAAACAAAGAGAAACGACAAAAGCGGACCUCGGUACGAAAAAGCACGAAUGAACUGAAAGUCGAAAAAGAAGAGGUCGAAGGUGAAAUCAAAGCAACGAAAGAGGAGAUUCCAGAGCAAAGUAGCACCGAUGAAGACAAUUCAACGGAAGACGACGGCGAAUAUCAGCCCGAACGGAAGAAACAAAGGACGCGACGAAAGAAAUCCGACGACUCCACCGCACAGAAGAAACACCAGAAAGGCGAAACAUCAAGCAAGGAACAACGGAAACAAGACGACAUACGCAUACAAGAAUUCUACGAAAUGGUUUGCGAUAUCUGUGGUGACAGGACGAAGGAUAUGUUCUCGCUGAGGAAACACUUCCGGGCGAAUCAUGACAUGGCAGCAUACAUCAAGUGCUGCAACAAGAAACUGAUGAGAAGGGGAACCAUGGUCGAUCACAUAUUGAUUCAUGUCGACCCAAAGAUGUACCGUUGCGAGCCUUGCGAUAAAACUUUUAAAGGCAAAAGAUACCUCCAGGAGCACAUGGAAAAUGUGCAUGGAAGCAUCGAGGAGCGCCCGUUCAAGUGUGAGAAAUGCGACCGAUAUUUCGCCAAAGAGUCGUUUCUCAAAACGCAUAUCUCCAACCACAGGAAAGUGCACUGUUCUCAGUGUAACCAGGAGUUCCCAAAUUCACGUUUCCUGAACGAACACCUGAAAACGGUUCACGAUAACGCACAUUUGACUAGGGUUUGCGAUCGCUGCGGGAAGUCGUUUUCAGGACCAAGCGCUCGCAGUGGCCUCAAGCAGCACAUCGAAGGGGUACAUUUGAAGCUGGGUGACAAAACGAAACACCAGUGCCCCCUUUGUCAAAAGUGGCUGCUGGGAAAGCGAUGUUUGACGGUACAUAUGCAACUUCACAGCGAGGUAGGCCUGCCGCAUAUCUGUAACAUUUGCAACCAAAACUAUCCUCAUUCGAGGGCAUUGACGCGGCACAAGCGCUUCGUGCACGGAGAGCAGAAAUAUGAGUGCGAAUUUUGCGGCAAGAAGUUUAGGAAAUCGGUGGCUUUGAAGAUGGACAGCACAUCCAAGGUGGAGUGCCGUCUGUGCCUGGAAGCACUGAACGAAUCCAAGUGGACGAUUGAACAGCCCGAUUUGAAGAAACAAAUCAAUGAAGUGUUCCAUUUUGCGAUCGAUCCCCAGCCUGGCUUUUCAUCAACCAUCUGUGGCAGUUGUUUGACGAUCGUCUCCGAAUUCCAUCAAUAUUCAGAACGUGUACGAAAUAAUCAGGAUACGCUAGCUGCUGCCGCUCGGCUUAAACUAUCAGCAAUCCAGCAACAUGUUAUCAAAACGGAAAAACCAGAUCCUGAACGGGACGAAUCCUACGGAGGUCCAGCGGACUUUGCCGCCGACGAUGAUGACGUCGUGGAUGCAGACCUCGAUGACUGGGAUAAUGAUGACGUUUUUGCCGAACCGUUGGUAACGAUGAUAGAGGUGAAGCAAGAACCGUCCGGUAAGAAACGCAGUGACACUAGGAAGAUCGAGGAACCGACUGUGUCGACUCGUGAAACUCGACAGAAGAAUAGAGAAUCAGCACCAAGAAGUGAAUCACCACAGCAAGAUAAGGAUGACACCGAUUUUGAAUAUGACGAUGAUGACUAUAAGCCAGAGACGAAGAAAACGAAAAGACCGAGGAAAAUAAAGGAACCCAAGAUAAAGAAAGAAGAGGGUGAAGUGGACGAAGAGGAAGUAUCGAAACCUAGAAGGAGAAGGAAGAAAGACAUCGCACUGAAAAGUAAAGAAGAAUUGGCGCUGGAAGACGUUCGCAUACAGGAGUUCUACUCGAUGGAAUGUGAUAUGUGUAAGGAGAAGGCGGAAGACUUUGAAUCUUUAAGAAAACAUUUCCGCAAGGAACACGGGAUACCGGCUUAUAUCAAGUGCUGCGACAAGAAGCUGGCCAGAAAGUGGGCUUUGAUAGAUCAUAUCCUGGUUCAUAAGAAUCCUGAAUUGUAUCGCUGCGAGCGUUGCGAUAAAACGUUCAAGGGGAAAAGAUAUCUCAAUGAUCACGUCGAAAACGUCCAUGGGAGCGCAGAGGAAAAACCAUUCAAGUGCGAACAAUGUAAUCGAUUUUUCGCUAAAGAAACUCUGUUGCGAUCGCAUAUUGCUAAUCAUAAGAAGAUUCUUUGCAAGAUAUGCGAGCAGGAAUUUGCAAACUCACAAGAACUGAAAGAACAUCUGAAAGUUGUGCACAAAAAUGAACAUACCAUUAGAGUUUGCGACCGAUGUGGAAAAGCUUUCGCCGGUCCUAGCGCUCGCAGUAACCUCAAGCAGCACAUCGAGAAGGUACACAUGGGCCUCGGUGAUAAGACGAAACUUCAGUGUUCGAUUUGUUUGAACUGGUUGCUGGGAAAGCGUGCGUUGACGAGACAUAUGCAGCUGCACAGCGAAGUGGGCAAACCACACAUCUGCGACAUUUGCAACCAAAAUUACUUGCAUUCGAGAGCACUGGCUCGCCACAAACGGUUCGUGCACGUGGAGCAAAAGUACGAAUGCGAGUUCUGCGGCAAGAGGUUCAAGAGACCAUUGGCGCUGAAGGAACACCGAGCGACCCAUACAGGGGAGGCACUCUACGCCUGCAAGAUAUGUUCUGCCUCGACCAAUUCUAACGCCAGCUACUACUCCCACAUGAAGAAAGCACAUCCGGUCGAAUGGGCGGAGCAGAAAAUGAAGGCCGCAGAAGCAGCAGCUCCAGGUCCUUUGGAACCGAAUGUUCCGGCAGUACCGAUGGAUCCAUCUUCGCUACCCACAAUAGAGCAGCAACCAGUGAACCCUACCGAUCAGCCAGAGCAGCAGCCCGUAGUGUGGUUUCAAUCGUUUGGAGAACUUUAUAUCUACUCGGGCCCUAGAAUGGCACCGGAGCAACCAACCGAAGAAUGUCGCUUGUGUUUGGAUACUUUCGCCGAGUGUUUCACUUGGAUUGAAAAUCCAGAGCUGAAAGAGCAGCUGGAGAAGGUUUUCAGCUUUCCGAUCAUAACCGAAACGGGCCUCAGCUCCAGUGUGUGCCGAGGUUGUUGGUAUACGAUUUCCGAGUUCUACCAGUACUCGGAAAAGGUACGAAAUAACCAGGAAGUCCUCAUCAGGAAGCGAGUAAAACAGGAACCAAUCGAUAAUGAAAAUAUCGCACAGGAUCAGAACCACAAAGAUAUCGCAGAUGAGUUACAAGCCAACUCUACAAGCAAUUUCAAACUUUCAACUGAUCAAGAGCCUGUAUUGAGCCACGGAUUUGAAUCCGGUAUUAAACAUGAAUCGAAUAGCGAUGAUGAACCCGAAGUUGGAAGUCUACUGGAUGAUGAACAUGACGACACUACAUUGAACCACGAGCUCCAGUAUGAAGAUAUGAAAGUCGGAUCGAGCAGUGGAGAGGCGGAAAAUGUAGAGCUACCGGAAGAUGACUUGAAUUACGAGUACGGAUGCGACAACUUCAAAUUUCAAUCGAAUAGUGGUGAGGCGGUAAUCGAAGAACCAUCGGAACAAGAACAAGGCGAACCAUUACUGAAUUACGAUUUCAAAUGUGAAAACAUCAAACUGGAAUCCACUAUUAAUGCGAUGGAAAUUGAAGAGCUAUCAGAAGAGGAACGGGAAGUCGCUAAAUGGUAUAACGAGUUCGAAUGUGAAGAUGUCAAAAUCGAAGCGAGAAGCGAUGAAGCUGAAACAGAAAAGAUACCGAAAAGAGAUCAGCUAACCAUCAGUGACACCUCUCCGUCCGUGAAGCCCCGAGAGCAGUGCCGGAGCAUCGGCUCGCCUGCUUGGCUCCUCAGUUUCAUCGUGUCGGGCCACUUGCUGGCCAGUACACUCGUUCAGAAGGUUCACCAUCGCCCCGCCACCCCCGGCGGUCGUUCAGAAGAUUCACCACCCUUCCCGCCUCACCCGGCGGUCGUUCAGAAGAUUCACCACCUUUCCCGCCUCACCCGGCGGUCGUUCAGAGGACUCACCACCAGCCCCGUCCCAUCUGGCGGGCAAACCAACCGAGCACCACCCGCUUCCCGCCCAUCCAGCAGUCGCAACACCUUCAGGCAUGACGAUGCCUUCGAUUCGUACAAAUCCGGUCCAGACGAUUCGAAUGCCAGUUCCGACGGUAGUGAAAGCUCGUCAACUUCCUCGAGUGACAAUUCGCGUGCGCGUAAAUCGAAAAAGAAGCGUAGCCGUAACGUAAUCCGGAAGUCCCGACCCGUGUCGGAGUGGAACCUCCGCUAUGACGGGAAGGACAACGGGCAAGGAUUAAUGCGUUUCAUACGGGAGGCCGAGUUUCUCGCGAAAUCGGAAGACAUUUCGAAGAAGGAGCUAUUCAGAUCCGCGAAAACCGAUCUGUCGGAAGAUGAAAAACCCCCGAAGAAACCCCGAGAGACUCUUAACACACCUACCGAAUCCGGAAAUAAGCCUCCGAAGACGCCAGACGUAUCACAAGAUGAUCGACCUUUUGUAAAGAUUUGCAUCUACGGGAUACCCAUCGUCGGCCUGUUGGACAGUGGAGCUAACCGUUCCAUUUUGGGAAUUGGAGCUAGCAAGAUCUUAGAAGCUUGCAAACUGAAAAUUCACAAGACAAACAUAGACGUUACGACUGCCAGCGGACAGACACUGGAUGUCCAAGGCUACGUAAAUCUCCCUGUCACUUUCAACGGGAUGACCAAGCUAAUUUGUGCUCUGGUAAUUCCGUCCCUUAAGAGAAGACUCCUUCUUGGCACUGAUUUUUGGUCAGCCUUUGGUAUUGUGCCCACGGUAACCAGUCCCCAGAUCGAAGAGAUCGAAGGCAUCUCAGAGAGUAUAAUCAUUACCCCUGAACAACAGCAGGAACUAGACCGUGUGGUAGCUCUGUUUGAUCCCACGGUAGAAGGAGUCCUUGACCAAACCAACCUAAUUGCACAUCGCAUUGAACUAACGGAUGAGUCCAAAAAACAACCCCCAGUUAGGAUCAACCCUUUUCCAACCUCCCCUAAACGCCAACAACAGAUUGAACAAGAGUUGGACAAUAUGUUGAAGGCAGGAGUGAUUGAAAAAUCGUACAGCGAUUGGGCUUUACGACUGGUGCCGGUAGAUAAACCUGACGGUACCGUAAGAUUGUGUCUGGAUGCUCGUAAGCUAAACGACAGAACAGUCCGAGAUUCUUAUCCCCUCCCACAUGCCGACAGAAUACUCAGCCGAUUAGGACCCUGUAGAUUCAUUUCAACCAUUGACCUAUCGAAGGCAUUUCUUCAAGUUCCUUUGCACCCCAAAAGUAGGAAAUAUACCGCGUUUUCGGUGCUAGGACGUGGCCUGUUCCAGUUCACAAGAAUGCCCUUCGGUCUGGUGAACAGUCCGGCGACUUUGUCACGCCUAAUGGACCGAGUGCUAGGGGGCAGUGAACUCGAACCGAACGUGUUCGUCUACUUAGACGACAUUAUUAUCGUCAGCGACACGUUCGAGCAGCAUUUGGAGAAGCUUAGGGAAGUAGCCUCAAGACUUAAGGCCGCUAAUUUGUCUAUUAAUGUGGCCAAAUCCAAAUUCUGUGUUGCCGAGGAUAAACCGAAAAGCGUGAGAUGGAAUGCCCUGGCUGAAACGGCGUUCGUCAAAAUAAAAGAACUAUUGAUUAGCUCUCCUAUCUUGACAAACCCAGAUUUCACCAAGCCCUUCUGUAUUCACUGCGACGCCAGCGAUGCGGCCAUUGCGGGGGUACUCACCCAAUCCUACGAUGGUGUGGACAAACCAGUGGCCUACUUUUCUCAAAAGUUGGGAACCACUCAGCAGCGAUACUGUGCCACCGAAAAAGAAGGUCUGGCCGUGAUCAAAUCGAUCGACAAAUUUCGCUGCUACAUCGAGGGGACAAAGUUUAUCGUUUUUACCGACGCCUCUGCUCUCACUUAUAUAAUGAGAAGCAGCUGGAAAACUUCUUCCCGUCUCUGUCGAUGGAGCAUUGAGCUCCAGAGACACGAGAUGGAUAUCAAACAUCGCCGAGGAGUUGAUAACGUGGUCCCAGAUGCUCUAUCCAGGGCCAUAGAGGAGCUUCAAGUAGAGGUGCAGAAGACCGACUGGUACACCCAAAUGGUCCAAGCCAUAACCGACAACCCAGAAAAUUUUAAGGAUUUCAAACUUGAAGAAGGCAUUCUAAAGAAGUUUGUAGCUGCCCCCCACGACCAGAUUGAUUAUCAGUUUGAGUGGAAGAUCUGUGUUCCCACAGAUCUGAGAGAGAAAGUUUUAGUCGAGGAACACGAUAACGCGUUGCACCUCGGAUUCGAAAAAACGCUGGCCAAGAUUCAGAAGAAAUACUACUGGCCGCAGAUGUCCAAAGAGAUUCGGCUCCAUAUACAAAAGUGUUCCAUUUGCAAGGAAUCCAAACCGGCAAAUAGGGCACAGUAUCCACCAGUUGGACACCAGAGAAUAACGACCAAACCGUUCCAAAUUAUUGCGUUGGACUUUAUACAGUCGUUGCCUCGCAGCAAGCAGGGCAACUGUCACUUGCUUAAGGCCCCCGUUUACUCCGUGGGUCAAAAAGUCCUCAAACGAAAUUUCCGUCAAUCAUCGGCCAUCGACAAAUACAACGCCAAGCUAGGUCCUUGCUAUGUGCCCUGUACCGUGCUGGCCAGAAUCGGAACCAGUUCCUAUGAGCUUGCCGAUGAAUCUGCAACAAUUUUGAUCUGGUUGAGGAUGUUUACCAUCUCCGUCGAUCCAAUUGGACGUUUCCAAUUUGAUUCUCCAAGUGCUGUCAUGUUGGAAUGUUUUCCUCCGCCGGAGUGCCGGAGCAUCGGCUCGCCUGCUUGGCUCCUCAGUUUCAUCGUGUCGGGCCACUUGCUGGCCAGUACACUCGUUCAGAAGGUUCACCAUCGCCCCGCCACCCCCGGCGGUCGUUCAGAAGAUUCACCACCCUUCCCGCCUCACCCGGCGGUCGUUCAGAAGAUUCACCACCUUUCCCGCCUCACCCGGCGGUCGUUCAGAGGACUCACCACCAGCCCCGUCCCAUCUGGCGGGCAAACCAACCGAGCACCACCCGCUUCCCGCCCAUCCAGCAGUCGCAACACCUUCAGGCAUGACGAUGCCUUCGCCUCGGAUGCAGCCUUCUGUGAGCCGGAUGAUCAAGGAGUAACAGUGCCAGCCGAAACCUCCGCUCCGGCAGCAAAGAAGCGGGUAGCAGUACUCUUAGUUUGCUGGAGUAUCGAGGAGAAACGGAGCCAGCUGGCAGCGGGUGACGCCGCCCUUUGCCAGUUGGAGCGCCAAGCAGUAGCGAAGCCAGCCAAAAUCUCCGCUCCAGCUCCGACCAAGCGAGUGGCUCCGCCGUCUGCCUGCCACAGUGUUGAGAUUGAAAGCUGUGUCACAUUGCCAUCCACUCUAUGUGCGCACUGUUUAUUCAAGAUUGACGAUUUCCAUGAAUUUACGCAAACGGUUCGUCAAAAUCAGGAACAACUAAAAGACAGAGCAGCGGCCCUAGCCCACAAUGCCAUCAAGACUGAACCGAUGGAAGCAGAAGAACAACCACCAGAAGAGCACCAAGACGAGAAAGCGUUCAGUGUUACGGUCAAAUCGGAAGAUUUCAGUAACGAUGUUCCGAUUACGGUCAAUCAGGUCCAGACGACAUCGCCGGUUCAACAGGAACACGACGAAGCCCGUGUCGUACGGGUGGAUACAAACCGGUGCAUAGUUCAAAGCCACCAGGAUGAAACGGUACAGUUCAAGAUUGAGUUCGAUGAUGCGGAAGUUCCGCGCGAAACGGACUCGCCUGUUGAAAAGGCCGACAAAAUCGAACAGGAGGAUCGUCUAAUACGGCAGUUCUUCACUCUCAAUUGUGAGGUCUGUUCUGAACCGUUCGAUAAUUUUAGUCGGUUGAAGCAGCAUACCACGGUUGUGCACGAUAAAAAGCUGAUCAUAAGGUGCUGCAACAAGCAGUUCUCCCGGAGAUACACUGUAUUGGAUCACAUCGCUUUGCACCUGAACCCGAAGCACUUUCAGUGCGAAACGUGCGACAAGGUGUACCAACGGAAAACCGAUUUGAUCAAUCAUCGUCUGCGAGCGCACGGUAAUGACGAGGCUCGGCCCUUCAAGUGCGACCAAUGCCACGCAUCGUUUCCCAAGUCGUACCUACUGAAGGCCCAUCUGACCAAGCACGUGCAAGUGGAGUGCGACAUUUGCCAGAAGGUGCUGUCUAAUCCGGUAUCGCUGAGGAAUCACAAGAUACAGGUUCACAGCGACGGAAACAAGCACGUGUGUGACAUAUGCGGACUCGAAAUCAGCAGCAAACAAGCUCUACAACGUCACAAGGCUCGGCACGAACAGGUCAAGCCCGAGGAUCGCAUUCCAUGUCCGAUCUGUAGCAAGCUGUUUCUCAGUGAAGAGAAAAUGAAAAACCACAUCCGCUAUCUGCACGAAGGUAACGAAACGGCGUGCGAUAUCUGCCAGCAGGCCUAUCCGAACAAGCGGGCCAUGGAUGCGCACAAGCUUCGGGUGCACUCGAAAAAGACAUUCGAGUGCGCCACGUGCGACAAGAAGUUUACCCGAAAGCUGGCGCUGACGGAACACCAAUCGACUCACACCGGCGAGAAGCUGUACCGGUGCGAUCUGUGCGGAAUAUCGAUCAGUAACAUUUCGUUCCUGUACAAACACCGAAAGCUGAAACAUCCGGAGCAGUAUCAGGCGGGAAAACAGCAAGCUUAUGCGAAGGGAUCGCCGCUGGUGCAAGAGCAAGAGCAGAAACAAGUUGAAUAAAGAGUUAGAAUUAAAUUGGCGUAUGUUCAAAGU